CAGUCUCGCCAUGCUGAUGGAAAGAGAUCGGUGGGGUUGAGUCGUCCGUACGUUGCUGCCGCGCUUUUUCUCCAUCUUGAGGAGAGGAGUUACAAGAGAGGUGAAAUUUGGGUGAAGGUUAUGGAACCUGGUGCUGGAACACCAAAUAGCAAUUCCAAUGCAGGGGUGCCAUCAAGUCAACAGUAUUCUGACUCUGUUGGGAAAGCACCUGCUUAUGUGCCUCUGCAGCCUAUCAACACACCAUUGAUGCAGCAUGCUAUAGCACUUCAGCAGUACCAUUUUCAGCAAUCUUUACUAAAUCAGCAACUAUUAGCACAACAGCAGGCAGCAGCAAAUGCUGUCAGUGUUAAAGCGGCUGCUGAGGAAGCAGCCGCCCGUGCAGCACAAAUCAGCAAGUUUUUAACUGGAGAAAAAGCAAUUGAAGGGAAAGGAAACACCGAUGAACCUUGUUUGAACAGGGAAAGAUCUGAAUCCCAGUCUAGACCACAUUCUCCUUCAAUUACUCAUUCCUCCAAGUCUAGAUCACGUUCUCGAUCCAUUUCUUCGUCACCUGUCAGACAUAGGACUAGACGCUCUGAACGUGAAAGAUAUUCCUCUAGGGGCUUCAGUAGUUAUAGAAGUCGGAGAUAUUAUCGAUAUGGUAACCGUGGUUAUGACAACUUCUACAGCUCAAGCCGUAGAAGAGAUUUUGAUCGUCGUUAUCAUGACAAAGAUUAUGCCUCUUACCGUAGGAAGAGAAGCAGAAGUAGAAGCAGGAGCAGAGGCAGUCGAUCACUGUCCAGAUCCAAAACAGAGAAGCAUUUGCUUGACAGGUCCUCUUCUUGGCGUCGUGGCCCUUAUAGAUCCCGUUCUCCUAUAUCAGACCACAGUACUGAGAGAAGGUUGCAUAGGAUUUCAAGAAGUCCUAUUAACAGCAGCAGCCACACUCCAAGUCCAGAACAGUCAAAAGGUAGUGACAAGAGGUUUACAGGUAAGCAAAGCUUGACUCCCUCUGAUGGCAGCCAAAACUCCAGUGGUAGGCAUCAUGCAGGAAGUGUCAGCAGGGAUGAUGAUGGCGUUACUAAUCUUCAGAAGAAUGAUUGGUCUGAACAAAUGUACAGACACCGUGAGCAUGACAUUUCCAAUGGUAAAAAAUUGUCCAGAAAUGAUCACUCAAGCUCAUCUGUGAGAUCAGGAUCUAUUUCUACUAGUCAUUCUGGUGAGAAGGUUAUGGAAAGCACAGAGAGAAGCCCCAAACUUGUAAGAUCUGCACCUGAAUCUGGAAAUUGCAGCAGUCAUAGUGGUUCAGAUGAAGAGGUGGUAUCCAUGUCACUUGAAGCAAGUGAAGACGAAAACAUGCCAUCAAAAGUUGGUGAUCAAUAUCAUGAUCAAAAGAAUACCCAGAGUUGGAAGUUAUCUGGGAGUGGCAAAACUUCUGAUGAUUUAGGUGCUUCAACUAGUAGAAGGGAGAAAUCUUUUGAACCCAAGGUUGAACGAAGCUACAGAUCGGAGGGCAGGGAACCUGACUCCAGAAGCUCACAUCUUCAGAAUGAUGCCGGCCAUAACUUGAAGUCCACCAAUCAUGUUAAAGAUUCUGAUUGCUGUCGGAAAAUAGUAGCUGAGGGGCAGAUAGAUGAGAUCAAGGACCAACACCUCUUAGAAAAUAUUACAGAAGACGGUUUAAUUAGUCACAGCACAGGUAGAGAUGAGUAUGCUGGUUUGAGACAGGAAAAAACAGAUACAUCAUCAGAGGCAGGUGAGGAUAUGAACAUGAAUCUGUUGCCCUAUCCAACUACUGUAGGACCGGAAAAGGAAAAGGAAAGUGAUGAGCUUGAAAGGAUUGAUGAUGACCUGAAUGCUCAAAUUGCAACAAAACGACAUGGCAAGAGAAGGUCCAAAAGGAGGUCAAAAUCUAGGGACAGAAGGAGCAAACAUGGUAAAAGCCGGCAUAAGAAACAUAAGAGAAAAUAUUCUGAUGAAAAUCUCAAGAAUCGUCACGGUAAACAUCAGGAAGAGGAAUUAGAAGGUGACAGGCACAAAAGGGUUAAAAGAGAAAGGUCUGAAGAGUAUGAGAAGCAUUAUAGAAGGCAUAAGGGGGAAGACCCAGAAGAGACUGAAAACCGACAUGACAGGAAACACAGAAGAGAUGAUUCGGAUGAGGAUGAUUUUCUUGAUAAGAGCAGAAGGAGAAUGAAGAGGCAUAGAAGUCAUAGAAAGCAUACACGUAGUCAUAAGGAAAGAAAACAGAGAAGGAAGCAUCGAGAUACAUCUUCUUCCAGUUCUGACGAAUAUUCGUCAUCCUCCAAGGACGUGUCCAGUGAUCCUGACACUUAGUAAUGAUUUAAUAACAGGAGAAACAAAUUUUCUCACUGUUUGGCAACUUGACUGAGCAAAUGAUGAUGUAUCUCCAUGGUGGUGGUUUUCAUUGGUUACCAGGUGGAUGUUGUAUGUGAUGAGUAGCAUUUACUUUUCUACACCAUUUUUAGUUUAUCAUGCAUUCUUCUUGUUGUUCUAACCCACUUUGUGCUGGUAGAAGUUGUUUUACUGCUUGUUUUGCAGGACAACUCGGUUCCUAUGGGUUGUGUUGGUGAUCAAAGUCCUCUUCCUGUCUAGGUGACAAGAUCUCGAAUACCUAAGUGUGCCUGUGUUGGUAAGUGUGUCUUCUUAAGUUGGUUUGUCCGCCAAUGUGUUCUUCCUUUAAUGCAGUGAUAACCACCAUGGAAUUAUCCAUUUAUUGCAAUAGUUUUUUUUCCAUUCCACAAAGUCCUCAAUCGUUCUUGCAGUGCUGGUAGUUGUGAUUGGGACGAUGAUUUUGACUGAUUCAGGUUCUAAGAAAAGCAAUAGUUUGUUUUCUCACAGGCCCUUGGCAUUUUCAGGUAAAAUUGAAACCUAAUAAGAUUGUAGUGGAAAAUGAUUUUGGUUGAGAAAUCAGUGAAUGCUGCUCUGAAUGCUUUCUUUGAGAACGUGAUCACGUAAAUGAUGGGGAAAACUUAUUCCAUCACUAUUCACACUCAAAAGAGUGAUAAAUAUGAAAAUGUUAAUUGUGUGAAAUUCGUUUGGGGUUGCUAUGUUUAUUUUAUCUUCUGCUGUUCUUAUAGAUGAAUCCAUCUUACUGCUAGGAAAUCUCUUUUUAAUAUUUCUUUUAAAGCUUUGGUCUUACUAUUGUUGUUCUAGCUGCAGAUAUUGCAAUGCACAAUGAACCAAGAUUUUCUAUGUUGGAGCACUGGAAUAUGCUUUCCUGGUAAAUUCAUCUUUAUCUAAUCAAGUUAUUAUCAAAAUGUUGAACUAUAUCUGAUCACAUUUGGAUUUGAGAAGGUUCAGAAUAAUUGCAUGUUAUAAAAAUUUGUAAUCUUGAUAUAUUUUUUAUUAUAAUUUAUGUAGUUUUCCUAAAUUCUGCCUGUUGUUUAUUGACUGGGGUUUAAUUGAUUUACUAGGACUUUCUAGAUUAUCUUUAGAUUACGUUUUGAGUUGUCACUUGUCAGAUAAUUCUACCAGGCAUUUGUAUCACCAUAAGAUGCAAAGAUCCAUGCAAAGUUAGUGAGGUCACUGCACCUGCAUUCAAACACAUCUUAUGCUGGUCUGUGUGCGAAUGCAGCUCUGGCCUACCAAAUUAUUGGAGUCAGCCAUGUUGAGGCUGCACGGCAGCCAUUCAAAUCUACCCACAUGAGUAGCAUAGCAGACUUGACUGUUGUUUGAUCUUGAUAAUCAACGAUUGCUGUGUGCUUACCGGGUCAGAUUUGUCCAUGAUCAAUAAAUUGGUUGGUUUGGCAGACUCUAGUUUCAUCUGUUUUCAAAUGUGAAAACCUGGGAAGGAACUUGACUCAAUUCAUUGAGGUUAAGUGACCUAAUGUUUCAACUACAUGACUAGAAAAGGACAUGUUUUUCUAUGGCAUGAUAACGAUGAAACAGCGUGGCCUAACCAGUGCAAUUUGCAUCCAUCAGCUAAAUGAUUAAAAAAGCUUGUUCGUGUGAAAUCUACCAAAAAUUAUAUCCUUUACAUCUUAACUACCAGCAAGGACAUUUGAGUAUUCAUCGCCUCAUUGUAUUGAGACUUUUCCCUAGAUAUUGCGUGACCAUUGAGGUUGCUUAACAUUUUCAAGUUCUAAAUUGUUUCCUGCAAAAGCAAAAAGUUUAUACAUAUGCUCUUUGAGGCAAUGUUGUAAAAAGUGCAAUGUAAGCCGUAUCGGUCUGGCUUUAAGAUGCGCCAUAAAAUAUCACAACCAUAUCAUUAUUUUUAAUAAAUAAAAAAAUAGGAAAAAAAAUCGAAAAAAUCAUGAAAAAUCAGUAAGAAUAAAAAAUAAUAUGUUCUUCAUAAAAAAACAUGUUUUACAGAAUGAUAGACUUAUUAUUGCUAUAAAGUUAUGGUUCAUCAUUCGUAAACAUCAAAAUUCAUAAUAAUAUUAAUAUAGAAAGCACAACAAGUCAACAAUUACAUAACGUAUAUCAUAAUUUCAUAACCAUAGAUUCAUAAGUCAUGAGGUCCAUACGUCUAUGAGAUACCACAUCAAAAAACAAGUUUUAGAUGUUAUGUAUUACAUCACAAGAUGAUAAUGAAAUUGUGAAAAUGCUUAAUGUCAAUACAUAUAAAAUGGAAGCACUCUCGACUUUCAUUCAAAUCUUCAUCAUAUUUAUUUUCAUCCUCAUCUCCAUCUUUUUCUUCAUCUUCAUCUUCACUUUUUAAAAAAACCUCUCUCCUCCUAGUGGGAAUCAACCAACCAUGCACAAAUUCAUGGUUUAAUCGAUGAUUUCGCAGUGAAAAUCGAUGAUUUAAUGGUAGAAAUCGAUGAUUUUUCUCCACAGCGGCACAAUCCCUAGGUUAGAAAUGAAGAAGGGACGGGCUUUUAUAAAGAAAACUCGAAAAAGGCGGAUUUGAACCUCCCUUUUUUGAAAUCAGCUUGUAUCGCACCGUAUCGUACGAUACAUGAGCCUGUAUUGUACGUAUCGUACGAUACAAGCACGAUACACCCCUAUUUACGAUACAGGGGAUGUAUCAUAUCGUAUUUUGUAAAUGAUACCGGUACGUAUCGUGAUACGGCCCUGUAUCGUAUGAUACGUACAACACUGCUUUGAAGUGAGCCAAUGACUGAUUGUCAUUGAAUGAAGCUGUCAUCGCCUGCCAUGUGUUGUUGUCCUGGCAGCAGAUGAUUGCAGAGUGGUUGGUUCCUGCGGUUGUUUGGCAGAUUUCACCAGAAAAGCCUAUAUCAUGUAAAAGUAACACACUUGGAUGAUUACCACAAAAGAGGUUCACCAGUGACCAGCCAAGAUGCAUCCUUCUCUAAUAUCCAGAAGCUUCUAUGAUCCUACUAAUUUUUGUGUUGUCCAAGUCUGUCCAAGUGCUGCUUAAAUUUCAAUCAACUUGUACCCCUAGGAUAGUGUCCAAUCUCAUGGUUUCUCCAAGUUGCACAUGGGAGUAGCAAGGAACCAUUUACGUGGCAUUCUGAGUUUUAUUUUAGGGUGUGUUUUGCUUUCAUUGUUUGAAAGGGUGGAGAAAAUGGUCGUAUGACACCAUCUUUAUAACUGUUGGUCCCUCCUGUAUUAUAUACAGUUAAACGGGAGAAUGGGCACCCUCAUUCAUGUUAUUUUUCCUUGCAUUUCCUUCUCACCUCUUUAGGUGUGACAUGAAAGGAUGGUCACAUAACAACUCAUCUUAGAAUGGUUGUCUUGAGGUGCAGUGUCGUCAGUGUCCUUAUUCCCUGGUCAAACAUGCCCUUAGAAGUUAGAACAUUGUUAGAAUGAUAUUCUAGGGGAUUUUGAGGUACUUCACAGUUGGACUUUUUUUAUCAUUGUUUCUCCAGCUCAACUUUGCAGGAUAGGACUAAUUUGGGCAGUGAGCUCCAUGUCUCCUCUAACAAAAAGGUUAACCAAUCAUUUGUGCAUAUAUAUUAUGUUGGGAUUACCCUAAAGGCCUAAACACAAUCAUGUGUCGUUAGAUGUUGGCUAGAUUACAGUAUUUCUCUGUCAUAUUAGGGUCACAUGUUGUCAAUGUUGCUAUCAAAUUUUGUCAGUGUAUGAUCAAUUGUAGAUCUGUCAUGUUGUAUGAUCAAUUGUUGAGCUGUCAUAUUUAGAAACUGGUGGUAGAGUAUGACUUUGAAGACGUCAAGUGACAAUCUCAGUGGUUGCAAAAGCAGCAAGUUUCAACAGUGUUAUUCCUAAAGCAGUUCCUUAGAAGAUGGCAUCUUUGCAGGACCUCAGUUAGGUGGCUUGAAAUUAUUUUUAAACUCGCUUAGAUUGACUUGUCAGAUGCCACAAUUGCUUCAUCCUUUUCAUACAAAUCCUUUUGUGAUUGAAGACUUGUGCGCCAUGAAGAUCAAAAUGCUGAAUUUUUACUCGUAUAUGCGGUUAAGAGUUCACAUACGUUUGUUUCUGUUGGCUUAAAGGAUUCAGGUAGGUGGUGUACAUAACCCUCCAACUUAGGCCCUUCAUUUUGAUGGGAUCCUGGUUAGUGUCAACACGAUUGACUUGGAAAAGGGAGUAUAUCUGCUAUGCUUUUUUACCCAGUCACAGAUUCAUGGUGAGCCAUUUUGUUUGUUUUUUGUUUGUUGAAUCAUGAAUGUAUAUGCCUGAGAUGAUUGUGCACCUUUGUUUUUCAUUUCAGAAUCUAGUUGUGCUUGCUUAUGUUGGAUUACUAAUGUAAAUUGUGCUGAUUAUCUGGAUUUUUCUUUGCUUGAACCUUGGCGAGGUUUCCCACUAAGCAGCUACAUUGUUUCCUCCUUGUAAUGGCCCAUUCUCUUUGUUUUUGAUUCUCUAUGCAGUGGUUAUCUUUUUGUUGGAUGUUUCUGUUUUCUGGAAUCUAGGCUUCUGGAUUCCACUUAUAGUUAUGCGGUAUUUGAUUGACAUCUAUAAAGGCUUGAGUAUUUGUUGCACCAUAAUCAUAAUUGCUUCUAAUUCAUUACUA